AUGUUCAUUAUUGAGGAAAUUAGUCAUGCUAUUUUUUAGUUCCCUGGUAGUCACCUCCAGCACAUGGAAUCAGGAAAUGAUACACAAAUUUCAGAAUUUUUUCUUCUGGGAUUUUCAGAGGACCCAGCAUUACAGCCCCUCGUAUUUGGGCUUUUCCUCUCCAUGUACCUGAUCACUGUGUUUGGGAACCUGCUCAUCCUCCUGGCCGUCAGCUCUGACUCCCGCCUCCACACCCCCAUGUACUUCUUCCUGGCCAACCUGUCCUUUGUAGACAUCUGCUUCACCUCCACCACCGUCCCGAAGAUGCUCUGGAACAUCCGGACCCAGAGCAACGUCAUAACCUAUGAGGACUGCAUCACACAGAUGUAUUUUUUCAUACACUUUGCAGGAUUAGAAUUCUUUCUUCUGACCGUGAUGGCCUAUGACCGCUUCAUGGCCAUCUGUCACCCCCUACACUACACGGUCAUCAUGAACCCCCGGUUCUGUGGGCUGCUGGUUCUGGUGUCCUGGAUCAUGUGUGUCCUGAAUUCCUUGUUACAAAGUUUAAUGAUGUUGCGUCUGUCCUUCUGUACACAUUUGCAUGUCCCCCACUUUUUUUGUGAACUCAAUGAGAUGCUCCAGCUUGCCUGUUCUGACACCUUUCUUAGUAACUUGGUGAUGUAUUUUGCAACUGUGCUGCUGGGUGGUGCUCCCCUGGCUGGGAUCCUUUACUCUUACUCUAAGAUAGUUUCCUGCAUACGUAGGAUCUCAUCAGCUCAGGGCAAGUAUAAAGCAUUUUCCACCUGUGCAUCUCAUCUCUCGGUUGUCUCCUUAUUUUUUUGUACGAGUCUAGGAGUGUACCUCAGCUCUGCUGCUACCCAGAGCUCACUCUCAAGUGCCGCAGCCUCGGUGAUGUACACGGUGGUCACGCCCAUGCUGAACCCCUUCAUCUACAGCCUGAGGAACAGAGACAUAAAGAGGGCUCUGAAGAGAAUCAUUGGGGUUCCAGCAAUGUAA